GCGUCCCUUGUCGAACGACAUUCACCAUGGCCCUCAAUGCCUCGUCACCGGCCUCGACGCAAGACGUCCUCAGACUCCCUAUCUCAAUCCUUCCCUUUCUCUCUCAAGAGAGCACUACUUGGCUCUACACUACAGCAGCUUUGUUGAGCUCAAUGCUCAUCCUCGAACAAGCAGUCUACCGAUACAAGAAAAGGGACCUACCGGGCGAUACAUGGACCAUUCCCCUUAUUGGAAAAUUUGUCGACUCAAUGCAUCCCAGCCUCGAGAAUUAUAUGAAGCAAUGGAAUUCCGGUGCGCUGAGUGCCCUCAGCGUGUUCAAUAUCUUCAUUGUUAUGGCGUCCACAACCGAAUAUUCUCGCAAGAUUCUAAAUUCACCAACUUACGCUGAGCCUUGCCUCGUCUACUCGGCAAAAACUAUACUAAACCCCAAGAACUGGGUUUUCCUCAAUGGCAGAGAGCACGUUGAAUACCGACGCGUUUUAAACAUGCUUUUCACCCGCAAAGCACUGGGGUUGUAUGUGGAUAUACAGGACCGGAUUACACGCAAGCAUUUCGCAUCUUGGGUCGACAAAAGCGACAAGCCUCAAGCGAAACCCAUCAUGAUGAUCGCCCGUUUCUUGAACAUGGAUACGUCGUUGCGUGUGUUCUGUGGAAAUCAUAUUCCCGACCACGCUACUCAGGAAAUCAGCGACAAGUACUGGUCGAUCACGCGAGCCCUGGAGCUUGUUAACUUCCCAUUUCCUCUUCCAGGUACAAAGGUCUACAAGGCAAAGCAGGCUAGUAAAAUUGCCAUGGACUGGCUAGCCCUUGCCGCAAAGAACAGCAAAAUCGCUAUGUCUAACGGUGCCGAACCGGAAUGUCUUAUUGACGAGUGGAUGCGUAUCUGCAUGGACCCCAACUACAAGGGCAGGAAGGACUUCAGUGACCAUGAGAUUGCCCUCGUCGUGUUCUCUUUCUUGUUUGCUUCUCAGGAUGCUAUGAGCAGCGGGUUGAUCUAUGGUUUCCAACACCUUGCUGAUCACCCUGAGGUCUUAGCCAAAGUCCGCAGCGAGCAAGAACGUGUUCGUGAAGGAAAUUUCGACGCUUCUUUCACUCUUGAGAUGCUCGACUCAAUGCCUUAUCUCAAUGCAGUAGUGAAGGAGAGCUUAAGAGUCAGGCCUCCGGUGACGAUGGUUCCGUACAAGGUGACCAAAGCGUUCCCUAUUAAGGAUGGUUACACCGUUCCAACGGGAAGCAUGGUCAUCCCUUCGUUCUACCCAUCUCUGCAUGACCCCGAAGUAUACCCUGAGCCCGAUAAGUUCGACCCUGACCGCUGGCUGGAUGCAAACAGUUCUGCCAAUGCCAAUCCCAAGAACUACUUGGUGUGGGGAAGUGGUCCUCAUCGUUGUCUUGGCAUCGAGUAUGCUUCGAUGAAUAUGGCCCUGGUCCUCGGAAUCGCUGCAAUGAUGUUUGAUUGGGAGCAUGAACUCACUUCUUUGAGUAAUGACAUCGAGAUUAUCGCAACUCUCUUUCCUAAGGACGGGUGCAGGAUGAAGUUGACGCCCCGCACUCAUUCAUGAUUCAUUUACUGAGGAAAUGGAGUGAUCAGGUAUUUGGUGGGACAAGUAUACCAGCAGGACUAGCAUAGACUACCUAAAAUAAUGAAUCCUGCGUCUUAGAUAUUGUAGAUCGUAGCUGAACUACCUGGUAUUCACCGCUGACCACGUUCAAGGGCAUCGUGCGAACAUUUACCUCUGGCGACUUCGAGAGUCAACUCUCUCGUUUCACAUACAUGUCCCUCCUAGAAGGCUUUGACUCGC